CUUCUUUAAUCAAGAUACCCAUUUCUCUAAUCGUUCUUGCUUCAAGAUCGUUCUGCCAUAAAGAAAUUGAAAACCCAUUAUUUUGUUCUCUGCAAUCCUUUUCAGCAUUGGCAAUCAAAUUUGAAUUCUCUCUAGAAGGGGAUUCUGUGAUCAGAUCUUGGUUUCUUUUCUUAAACCAAAUUCCUUAAAGAUUGAAGUGAAAAUCCUCUUUCUAAUCUUAUUAUUCAUUGCAAGAGGAGGAGUCAGGGUUGAUCUUUAAUUCAUUACAGCAACAUUAUAGUCAUUUGGGUUGGUUUUGGUAGAACGUCUUUUAUCGAUCUUGGCAAGCAUCAUGGAUAAUCUUCCUGACGAUCUUGUGAGUCGCAUUCUCUCUUUUCUACCAAUAAGAGACGUAACUCGAUGUAGAACCAUAUCCAGUAGAUUUGGAGAGUUAGGCAACAGGAUUCUUGCUCAAAGCAUAACGAUAGAUUCAAGAACAGUAGGAGCCGAUCUAAGAAAACGCCGUAAAUAUUGUUUUAAUUUGAAUAGACAGUGGACGGAAUUAUUGCGAGAGAGGAAUAUGGGAACGUUAAAUCUGUUCUGGGAGUUCAGUGCUGCAGCUCUUGUAGAAAGACGUAACGCAAUCAGAUGGAUAAAUUAUGCUGCGGCUCUUAAAGCCAAAGUGAUGAUCAUUCAUCUUCAGGAAACUCUUUAUCUGCCACCAUCUGUCUAUAAAUUGGAAUCGCUCGAGUAUCUUUCUUUGAGUAAGAUUACAAUGAUGCGAUUGUAUGACAAUGAAGUUCGUUUUGGUUCACUUGAGGUCCUAUCUUUAUGCCACGUAAGAGUUACUAAAUCCCCCUUGCUUGGAGAAUGGAUAUCAGCAAAUUGCCCCAGACUAAGGGAACUGAAUGUUCAGUUUGUAGAAGGGGUAGAAGUUCUUAAUGUUUCAAGCACAUCCCUUGAAAAGUUUUGUAUUGCUAACAGCAUUAAAGAUGAUCUCCACAGAGUCGACGUUUCAACUGAGAGACUUAGGAUGAUGACUGUUUGGCUUGUGACUAGCCCGGAUACUAGGCAAUCUACUUCAUUAAGAAUCGCCGCGCAAAAUCUUGAAUCUUUAACUCUAUAUGGAGACAUUCUUGAUGAGUAUCGAUUAGGAAACUUAAACAAUCUUCAGGAAGCUUAUCUUUACUAUAAUGGGUGUAAUUCAUUGAUAAAUAGAAUAGGCAGAACGGUGGAUCAAAAUCUGAUGGAAAUUGUUCGUGGCGUAAGUCAGGCUAGACGUAUAUUCUCACAUGAAUCUUUCAUCGAGCCACUGAUUGAAAGAGGACUGCUGCAGCAACUAGCAACAUUUGGCAGAGCAGAAUCCUUCUUUCUUUGGAUUCAGUCACCGAACCUCCCAUUCCGAAUAAUUGCUUCGUUCGUUGAGGCAUUAUUACGGCCGAAUCUGAGGAUGAUUAGCAUUACGUAUACCAAGUUCAUAGUGAUUUCGCCUGAGGGAAGUUUCUUUCGGAGUCAGGUAACCCAAAUGGGUACAGAUCUAAUGCAGAAAAUCAUUCGUGAUGAACUGGAGAUCGAGACUGACAUAGAGAUAGACAUAGAUGAUGAUUCAGACUUCAUUUCAACAGUACAGAUAUCCUUCCAAACAUAGAUAGUUAGAAUUAUGAGAUAUUGUAGUAAGGAUGAUCAAGUCUCUUGUCAUUUCUUUUUUCUUUAUUUGUCUUGUCUGAAUUGGCACAUUUGU